UGGAGCAUUUUGCUGUGAGUGUGUUUUAGGCUGCUAGAGAAUAAUUAAGCGAAACCUUAAAGUUACACGUGUUACUUCCACCAUAAAGUUUAUUGGUCUGUACAGUGAGAAGGCUUUUCACGACACAUUCGAGGAUUAUACGAAACCGUUCAAGAUUGAUGAAUUCGCUUGAGUUUGAAAAUGAAAAACUCCAUCAUUUGUCGAGUGGAGUGAAAGAUCUCACUCAGACGAUGUAUGAUUUGGCGUUAGUAAUCUACAACUUGGAUGACACGACACCGAGGGAUACCAUUCCCGAAUACUUGGACACGCUGGUUGAGCAAAUCCGACGGUUACCAGCAUUGGCCAAAGAUGCUGACUGUCCGAUUUCUCAAGAUGUACUGGAAUACGUUGAGCAUGGUCGAAAUCCUGACGUUUAUACUCGACAAUUCAGCGAACUUGUUCAGAAAGACAACCAAUACGUUCAUGGAAAAUUAAAAACAAUCGAAGGCUUCCAAAAAGCUUACGCCGAAGAAAUCAUUUCUGCCUUCCCAGAGCUCACAUCUGUUGUACUAAAAAUUAUGAAGCAAGGCAAGAAAAAACCUGCGGAUAAAUGAGUACAUUAAUAGGGAAAAUACACAAGACAUAUAGGGUUUAGGAAAUUUAAUGAUUUGUUUUCAUGACAUGGUUCAUCAUAUAGCAAUUAAGAUUUAGGAAGGAAAACGUAAAGCGUUCAUAGAUACAGG